AGAGAGAGAGAGAGAGAGAGAGAGAGAGAGAGCAGUGCCGGACAAUACGAGGCUGUUAAAGGAAGGAACUACCUUUCUCAUUUCCACAUCCAUUGUUUUUUCCUUCUAUUUCGGAUCAACAGCCUGUGGGCGGGGCUUGCUGACCCGUCUGUCUCAUUUAUAGAGGAGAGGAGCCUGGAGAGUGUUGCUGCUGCUGCUGCUGUAUGACAUUGGAAACCCGGCCAUGAAUCCGGCCGAACAGACGGUAACGUGGCUCAUAACGCUGGGGGUCCUGGAGUCCCCCAAGAAAAGCAUCUCGGAUCCGGAGGCUUUCCUCCAAACGUCCCUGCAGGAUGGAGCGGUGCUCUGCAGGCUGUUGGAGCGACUCAGACCCGGGACGGUGGACAAAUUCUUCCAGGAGCCGAGGGGCGACAGCGAGAGUCAGCGGAACAUCUCCGAGUUUGUUAAAGGCUGCGGGGCUUUCGGCGUGGAGCCCUUUGAGGUCAAUGACCUCCUGCAGGGACUGAACUUCCCCAAGGUCCUAAACUCCUUGGUUGCCCUCAACAAAGCUACUGAAGAUUUAAGUGUUUCUGAAGACGGUGUGUGCGUGCCGCACUCCUCACACUUGAGGAUCAAGUCCUUUGACUCUCUGAACACUCACAGUCGCUCCUCCAAAGUGCUGCAGCCUCAGUACCGCAGCCUGGACAUGUCGGAGGGCAGCGGGUGUGGCCACGUGCUGUUCAAGGCGCGCUUUACCUUCCAGCAGACCAACGAGGACGAACUCUCGUUCUCCAAGGGCGACAUCGUCAGUGUGAGCCGGCAGGAGGACGGGGGCUGGUGGGAGGGCUCGGUCAACGGCAAUUCCGGGUGGUUCCCCAGUAACUACGUACGGGAGCUGAAAGGAAGCGACAAGACAUUAGAAAAGCCGAAGUCUGGGACCCUGAAAAGCCCCCCCAAAGGUUGUGACACCACCAUCCUCAGUAAGACCUACUACAACGUGGUCCUGCAGAACAUCCUCGAAACGGAGAGUGAAUAUUCGAGGGAGCUCCAGAGUCUCCUUGGCUCCUACCUGCGCUCUCUGCACCCCACAGACAGACUCAGCAAUGUUGACAUCGGUCACAUUCACGGCAAUCUGGAGGAGAUCUCAACCUUCCAGCAGAUGUUGGUUCAAUCCUUGGAGGAGCACACAAAACUCCCAGAGAACCAACAGAGGAUCGGGGCCUUCUUCCUCAACCUAUUGCCCCAGAUAAAGCCCAUCUAUGUGGCCUACUGCUCCAACCACCCAUUCGCUGUCAACGUACUCGUACAGCACAGUGAGGAGCUGGGGGAGUACAUGGAGUCAAAGGGCUCGUCCACUCCUGGGAUCCUGACUCUCACCACUAGUCUGAGUAAACCCUUCACCAGACUGGAGAGGUACCCAACGCUGCUGAAGGAACUGGACAGACACAUGGAGGACCAACACCCUGACAGAGCCGAUCUCAUUGCUGCCAUGAUGGACUUUAAAAGCUUUGCAGCUCAGUGCCAGCAGGUGAGGAAGAAGAAGGACCUGGAGUUGCAGAUUCUAACGGAGCCGAUCAGAAACUGGGAGGGGGAUGACAUCAGAACCCUCGGCCCCGUUCUCCACAUGUCCCAUUCGACAGUCCACACGCAGAACUGUCAGGACUCAAAUGAACGCUACCUCGUCCUCUUCCCUCACACUCUGCUCGUGCUCUCUGCCAGCUUGAGGAUGAGCGGCUUCAUCUACCAGGGAAGGAUACCGCUGUCGGGGAUGCUCAUCUCCAGAAUAGAGGACGGAGAAAACCUGAAGAAUGCUUUCGAAAUUUCCGGUGGCCAGUGUGAUCGGAUGCAGGUGGCCUGUAACAGUCAGCACGAGCUCCAGGAGUGGCUGGACCUUCUCACUAAACACACACACACUCCGGCCACGUCCACACACAGGCCUCAGUCCGUCUGUCACACAUUGCCCUCUCAGCCCGCCACUCCCUCCAGACACUCUGAGUCUCGUGGAGGGAGCGUUGGACACACCUACCACACCCUCCCCCAUCCCCCGUCAUUCGGGACGGUCCUCAGUAACAGCCCUAUGUGGGGGCCCCUGGAGCCACCGAGUACCCCUAAACCCUGGAGCCUGAGCUGCCUUCGCCCUGCUCCUCCACUCCGGCCCUCGGCCGCUCUCUGCUUGAAGGAGGAUAUGAGCAAGAGUCCGAAGAACAUGAAGAAGCUCCUGCCAAAGAGGAAGCCAGACAGGAAACCUUCAGAGGAGGACUUCACCGUCAGAAAAAGUACAGCAGCUCUAGAGGAGGACGCUCAGAUACUGAAGGUGAUUGAGGCUUACUGCACCAGCGCCAAGACGCGACAGACGCUCAACUCCACCUGGCAGGGGACUGACCUCAUGCACAACCAUGUGCUCGCUGACUCCAGCCUCACCGUCGCUGGUUUCCCCGGCAACCUGCCUUGUUCUGACCAGUCAGAGGACUCGGAUUAUGACAGUCUCUGGACCGCCCAUAGUUACAGGACUGCCUCAUUUUCUCGUAAGACAUCGGUGAAGGACGUGCACAUGUUGUUCCCAGAGGAGGAGAAGAUCAUCGUGGAGGAGACCAGGAGCAACGGGCAAACUGUAGUGGAGGAGAGGAGUCUGGUGGACACCGUGUACAGUCUGAAGGAUGAAAUCCAGGGGCUCAAACAGGACAACAAGAGGAUGAAAAGGACGCUGGAGGAGGAGCAGCGAGCGAGGAAGGAGCUGGAGAAGGUCGUCAGGAGAGUCCUGAAGACCAUGAACGACCCCACCUGGGAUGAGACGAACCUCUGAGGUCCGUAUGGAUCUGAUCACCAAUCUCUGACUUGAUGAUGACCAAAGCUCGUCCCCACUUUCACUUGCUUUGACCUUCGCGGUGACCUUUGGGAUGAACUGUGGACCAAGAGAAAAAGCCUGCCAGCCAACAACAGACCGCAAAGCUGUGACGCCAAAUCAGCUGGUAGGUACGAUGACAUCACUUCCUGUGACGCAGCCUCGUUUGGAGCACAGACAAACUAAUCUCUUUUUCUCAUCUACCUGUGAAUUAAUCUUUCAUUCCUUCUUGUGCUUAUUUGCGUUAAGUAUGAUUUUUCACCUUUUUUGCCAGGAUGGUGUUUUAUUGAUUGGCCUGAAAUAUACAUUUCAAAGAGAUUGCAACUUGACGUAGACACCCACACUCCUCAUUUCAUCAGCAGACAUUUUUAUUGUACGAUAUAUUUUUCUGGAUUCUAACAAAUCAUAAAGUUGGUUUAUUUCAUAUAUUAAAUACAAAGUGUAGUCGCUUCAAUUUAAAGUGAACCUACAUUUACCAGCUCUUAAAAGUGACGGGAUCAGUGUAAAGUUCUCCGUUAGGUGUGAAGGAUGUUGCUGCUUUGAGGACAACUGCAUAGCUUUAUGGGAUAUGCACGUUUCUGGAGUGAUUUAUGCAUUUUAUUAUUUUUUUUAAAGUAAUAUUUGGUGGGAGAUUUUUCUCAGGAAUGAACUCGUUUCAGCCUUCAGCUCCAGAUUAAACUUCUAUUCAAAGUUUCAUAUUCUUGCAGGUGGACUCCCCAAGAAACAUUUAAAAGUUUAGGAAACCCUGAUUUUUAGAUUUUAAUAAUACAAAUGACCUCAAAGCCCCGCCCACUACGAAUCCAGGCUGCCGUAUGCAAACAUGGCACACAAUGUGAAGGCAGUAACUCUUUGUGAUAGUCGGAAUAAGGUCCAGCUAAAUGUACGCGUUCACCUGUCAAGAGUCCUUUUCAUUGUUCAUUUUACAGAAGUCGCACGUUUUUAUUUAUUAUGUUUAACUCUUUUUCUAAACUACUGUCACCUCUUUUUGUGCUCCAGCCGUCAAUAUUACGAAGGUCUGAAGGAUUAACUUGAACCGCUCAGUGAGUCAAACACGUCUUAAACUUCAGAAGCUAAACACAAUAUUCACAUCUCGCUGCUCUUUCUGUUUCAAGACCAAAGUCCAAGCAAUACAACACUGGGAAAUGUUUUUUUUGUAAUGAUUUUUAGUGUCAAUAUGCAAUUUACCGUGUAAUGCUUUCUUGUUUUUAUAUUUGUAUUUUUACUCUGGUUUUGAUUUGUAACACUGCUUAUUUUCUACCGUUAUGAUCACACCGGAGAUGAUUUGUGCCGAAACGCAGCAUCAUGAGACGAGCCUCGGGAAAAACAACCUUUUCCUUUUUGCUAAAGUUUAUUAUUGAAAUUUAGAAACCACACUAAUGCAAGCUACGUGAUACCGUUUGUCAAUUAUUGACUCUAACUUAUGUAUUUAAAUGAAAGUGAAUGAUACAUGUGUUACCGUGACAGGAAUAAUCCUCCCUCUAUUUAUUUCACCCAUUUGUCUGUGAAUAAAAUGUCGAAUCCAACAGUUGGA